UAUUACGUCAACUUGUUUCCCAGUCUGCACAUAUAUUAGAAGAUAAGUCAACAAAAACGAACACAAAUAUGUUGAAAUCUAAAGAAUGGAAAAAUGUAACCAUGAAGCUAAAUGAAAUUGUAGGAAAAGCAAGAACUGACACAGAAGUAAAAUUGGCUUGGAAACGAAUGAAGUUGACAGCCAAGGCUAACUUGUCUCUUCACAGAAGAGAACAGUUCCAGACAGGAGGUGGUCAAAAGCCCCCAUCACCUUCUCCAGUGGACUUGGAAAUUAAAUCGAUUGCUCCCUGUGACUUUGUCGUAGACGUAAAUAAUUAUGACAGUGAUGCUGUGAUUACAAUUCCACCCGAGAUAGAUGAUAGUCCUAUGCCUGGCUCUAGUUCGGAGUACAAAGAACCAAUUUUAUCUGCAGAUAAUACAAUUAACUCAACUAAUAAAGAAAUUAAAGCUGUUAUAGAUAUGCCUAAAAAUACUGAAAAGAAGGACAAAAAGGUCUCUCAUAAUAGAAGUGAACAAGGCCGUCAAGCUAUAAUAAACAGUAACAUAGAUUUUAAGAAAAAACAAUUGGAAAUGUUGGAGGUGGAGCACAAAUUCAGUGUAAAAAUAUCGGAAUUAAAAAUUAAGAAACUUGAAUUAGAAAUUGAACUUUUGGAAAAUCAAAAAAUAUCUAUUGCUAAAGAACAAGAAAAAAAUAACAGUUAGAAAAAUAAAAUGUGAUUAUGUA